AACUCGCAAACGGCUCAAAGUACCGCGCGAGCGAAAGGUAAAGUCAUCGAAUCGACGGAGCGAGGCUUGAUAGCCGAACCAUGGGAAACGAGAGCCUCAUCGAGAGGGAGCCCCCCAUACUCUGUGGGGGCCUCAGGUAACUCGCCACUCGCUCGAACAGUGCACUGUCGGACGCAAUACUUGACGCUUGUGGUUUGUGUUUGUGUCGUUGGAUAUCGCUGUCGCUCCUUGCCUUUCGAUUCGCGAGAAACUUGUCGAGCGUUUCCUCAGUUACGAGUGAUGUUUGCGUAGCCAGAUCGGCCAAGUAACGAACGAUACACGAAAUGUCGAUCGACCGAUUUCACAAGGCCGCGAGAGAAGGUGCACUGGACAUUCUGAAGGAAGCUACGAGGAAAGAUUGUAACGCGCGAGACGAAGGAGGAAUGACCCCGACGUUAUGGGCAGCCUUCGAAGGUCACAUAGAUGCCCUGAGACUGCUGGUCGCCCGAGGAGGCGAUCCGGACAAGACCGAUUAUUUCGGCAACACUUGCUUGCACCUCGCAGCUGCGAGAGGCCACGAAUUUUGCGUGAAAUUUCUCGUAAAGUUCGGUUGCAAUAUCUGGUCGUUGGACAUCGAUCGACACUCUGCUCGGGAACUCGCGGCAAUAAACGGCUGCGAGAGGAUCCUACAGUUCCUGGACCUCGCUCAGGCCGAUCAGGAAUUGAACAAUCGCAAGAAGAGCCGGCUGCUCCGGGAAAAGGCGGAGAAGGAUGCGGAAAAGAGACUGAAAGAGUACAUGAAAAAACAAAAGAUGGCCGAAAUUAGGGCGGAGAAGGAACAGAAGAAGCUGAUAAAGGACCGAGAACGCGCGAGAUCGGAUUUUGACGCAAUCAACGAAUUGAAUGCUCAAAGGCCCGGGGUAUUGACCUUUAGAGGCCGAAUGAAACCUUCGCCGACUUUCAGCGAUAUCGUCGGUACUACUACGAAGAGGCACGGUAGCACGGUUUGCCGGAAAGCUUUAGCGAAGAAAGCUGUCAACGACUUUAAAGUUGUAGAGGUCGAAGUGAACGGGAAAAGAUCCAUUCGAAGUUUGACUGGUGUCCGUCGGGAUUCCGAAGUUAUCUACGUAGGCACGUACGUAGACACUUCUCAGCCUCAGCAGAUGGGCAGAAGAGGCAAGAUCUCCGACGUAUGGGGCACUCUGAGCAAGUCGCAGAGCACACCCGAUUUGUUGGGUGAAAGGGUAUACGAGGACAAAGAGCAAGAGGACUCGAACGUUAUAAAGGACACCGCUUUCCUGCAGGAACCGGCUAGCAUCUUCAAUCGACCUGGUUUUGGAUCGGUGGCCUUCAGAAGAGCAAUAACAUCUACACUGGACAACCUACCAGUCACGCAGGCGGACCCUCAACUGCAAAACGACAGUCCUUCCGCGAAUGGUUCUACAAACGGAUCUAUAAACAGUAACAAGUUCAGCCCGAACGGGCACAAUGAGGAGAUCAGUAUAGGAAGUGCCGGCAGCCUGGCGCGUAGACAAAGCUUAUGGGACGAGGAUCUGCUUUCAGAAGGUGAAGAGACGGACGAGGAAUGGACACCUCUGCAGAGAUUUUUGCUCGCUAAUAAUCUCACGUCGAUACAGCCUAUUCUGGAAUCGGAGCAAAUUGAUUUGGAAGCUUUAAUGCUACUUACCGAGACGGAUAUAGCGGCCCUCAAACUUCCACUCGGUCCUAGGCGGAAACUCACCAACGCAAUCGCAAACCGGAAGAAAGCAUUAAACACGCCGGAGAAUGUAAUCAGGGACAGCAGAUUGUGAAAUAGUACAUUCCAUUAAUCAUAGGGGAUGAUGUACCGUCGAUCUGGCAAAUCAGUUUUCAUGCAAGUGCAAUUUCGUACAAGAGAUAAGAAUACAAGUGAGAAUUUUAAGGUUGCUUAUUAGAGGUCUAUAAAACGAGCGAGUAGAAAAUUAUUAAAAUUACAAUUAAAUGAUUCAACAGUUGUCAGAGUCAAGUUGAUGGUGAAUGGCGCUACUUUAACUUACUUUUUGCGCGCACGUAUAGAGGUAUUUUAUACGUCUCUUUAUACGUCAAACUGUUUCCAUCAAACUCUCUUGUGUGCCUUGUAUCUAUUAUUAUACUAUAUUAACGCCUACUUUUAUUAUAAUAUUUACUGUAACAAGAUAUCGCUAUUGAUUUUCGUAUACACGUAAUCAUUGUCAAGUAAUUAUUAUUGGCCAAAACAAUUCAAUGAAAAACGGUAGAAAAGAAAAGGAAAGAAAAGAAAGGAGAGGAGAGGAGAGGAGAGAACCAAGUACCGAUGGCAUUGAGUAAAUAAUAAAUAUUUUAUGCCAUAAUAAAAGUAACAAAAUACACUGCCAUAAAAUGCCGUUGUUCGGGAUCAGUGUGCGAAACUUGAAUUGGAGAACAACGUCUACUGUACAAAGUGGGAGAAUAAAAAUAUAUAUAGUAUGUACAGCACGUGUAGUCUCCAUCGAUAUGGAUUUGAAUGGACAGGAGAGAGACCAUAAAGUGCAGUGUGACAAGAGAACGCAGUUUCAUGUUUUUUCUCGUGAUUUAUUUGUAAAUGAUUAUCUUACAAACAAGAGGCGCAAAAAUAUACAAGCUUCUUAUGUUCGCAAGAAAGUAACAGCACCAUUUCACGCCUUGCCAUUGAUGAACGCGCGUAAUGUUCGAUCAAGGCGUCAUGUCAAGUGCAAGUCUCAUGUCACGGUACACUCGUUCUCGCAAAAGUGCACCAAUGCAACUUGCAGCAUACAGUGUGCAUCUCUCAUCUGAAUCGAAUCGAAAAGGAAAGAGGGAGAUACGCUAGUAAAAAAUUCUUUUUGGUGCUCUGCGUUCAUCGAAUAUACGUUUCUGCGUUUCUGCACGCGUCUUGUAACAUACAAAAUGUAAAUUCAAUUACCAUGAGGGAUAUGAUACAGAAGUGAUUCCUCCCGACUCUUUCAUCUUGUUGGAUCUUUAGCCUACGAAUACGCGAUUACACUGGUUCCGUAUCUUUGUACAUCCUCAAGUACGUAUGUCCGUGCCUUUUGGGAGAGAUGGAUGUCGGGGGCUUUUGUCGAUCCACCAUAUUUACAUUGAUGUACAUUUAUAAAUGUAUUUCCUCGCAUUUCAUGCAGUUAUCUGAUAGACGUGCUUUUGACAUUGUAUGCACCUCUUUUAUAUAUUCAAUCAUCAUGAGUAAUCUCAUGCAAUUUCCCUUGGAGAAAUUGUCAAAUUACUUUAGACGUGUUUUUGACAUAAAUUAAAAAUUACAUAACGUGUCUAAA